AUACAGGUGAUCAGUUUUGUUACUGAGCAGAACUGGGAUUCCCUGGAAGUGUUCGAUGGAGGCGAUAACACAGCCACCAUGCUGGGAAGUUUCUCUGGAACUACAGUGCCUGCGCUGCUGAACAGCACUUCAAACCAGCUCUAUCUGCAUUUCUAUUCGGAUAUCAGUGUCUCUGCUGCCGGUUUUCACCUGGAAUACAAAACCGUCGGUCUGUCCAGCUGCCCGGAGCCCCCCAUUCCCGGGAACGGCCUGAAGAUCGGCGAGCGCUAUUUAGUGAACGAUGUCGUCUCUUUCCAGUGCGAACCAGGCUACGCGCUUCAGGGUCACUCUCACAUUUCCUGCAUGCCAGGCACUGUCCGCCGCUGGAAUUACCCACCUCCCCUUUGCAUUGCCCAGUGUGGAGGAACAGCAGAGGAGAUGGAAGGAGUGCUCCUGAGCCCAGGGUUCCCAGGAAACUAUCCAAGCAACCUGGACUGCACAUGGAGGAUAUUGCUGCCAGUGGGAUUUGGUGCUCACAUCCAGUUCCUAAACUUCUCCACUGAGCCGAACCACGACUUUGUCGAAAUCCGCAACGGGCCGUACGACACCAGUAACGUCAUCGGCCGGUUCAGCGGCACCGAAAUGCCAGGCUCCCUCCUGUCGACAUCUCAUGAAACCACUGUGUACUUCCACAGCGACCACUCGCAGAACAAGCCAGGCUUCAAGCUGGAAUACCAAGAACCUUUUGCUAAUGGUGUCGUAAGAGGAGCCGGUUACAACGUUGGCCAGUCCAUCUCUUUUGAGUGCCUGCCUGGCUACCAGCUGAUCGGCCACCCCGUCCUGACCUGUCAGCACGGCACCAACAGGAACUGGGACCACCCGUUGCCCAGGUGUGAAGUGCCUUGUGGGGGGAACAUCACCACCCAAAAUGGUACAGUUUACUCUCCUGGCUUCCCCAACCAGUACCCCAAUUCCCAGGACUGCACUUGGCUUCUCACAGUGCCGGUGGGGUAUGGAAUCCAUCUCAACUUCACUCUGCUGCAAACAGAGCCCUACAACGAUUUCAUCACUGUCUGGGAUGGUCCACAGCAAACAGCCCCGCAGCUUGGUGUGUUCACUGGCAACUCUGCUAAGAAAUCAGCCCAAAGCUCUUCCAAUCAGGUCCUGAUGAAAUUCCACAGUGAUGCCGCCAACGGAGGGAUUUUUGCCAUUUAUUUCUACGCCUACCAGCUCUUCAGAUGUCAGCCUCCAACCAUCGUUCCCAACGCAGAAAUUGUCACCGAGAAUGAGGAAUUUAACAUAGGUGACAUAGUGAGGUACAGAUGCCUUCCUGGCUUUACCCUGAUUGGAAGUGAAAUCCUGACCUGCAAACUAGGCACUCACCUCCAGUUUGAAGGACCUCCGCCCACGUGUGAAGUGCACUGUCCGAUGAACGAGGUUAUGACCGACUCCACCGGUGUGAUCCUCAGCCAGAGCUUCCUGGGAAGUUACCCUCACUUUCAGACCUGUUCUUGGGUGGUGAAGGUAGAGCCUGGGUAUAACAUCUCCCUCACCAUCGAGUACUUCCUGAGCGAGAAGCAAUAUGAUGAGUUUGAAAUCUUUGACGGUCCCUCUGGCCAGAGUCCUCUGCUCCUGUCGCUGAGUGGGAACUACUCUGCCCCUCUGACCGUCACCAGCAGCGGGAACAAAGUCUAUCUCCGUUGGUCCUCUGAUCAUGCCUACAACAGAAAAGGCUUCAAAAUCCGCUACUCUGCUCCUUACUGUAGCCUGCCGCAGCCGCCAGCCCACGGGCUGAUUCUCAGCCAGACGGGCCUGCACCCCGGCAGCACGGUCCGCUUUGGCUGCGACACAGGCUACCGUCUCGUUGGCCACAGCACCACCACCUGCUCCCAGCACCCCCAGGGCUACUUCCACUGGAACGAAGCGAUCCCUCUGUGCCAAGCUCUCUCCUGUGGAGUUCCCAGAGCCCCAAAGAACGGAGUUGUCUUUGGCAAGGAGUACACAGUGGGUACGAAAGCCGUGUACCAUUGCAACCAGGGCUUCCAGCUGCAGCCCGGGGAGGAGCCCAGCGCAGAGUGCCUGCAGGCGGGGCAGUGGAGUAACGGCAACCAGCCCCCGCAGUGCGUGGCUGUCACCUGUCCCGAUAUCAACAGCAUUGCAGUUGAGCAUGGUCGGUGGCGGCUGACCUACGAGAUCCAGUACCACUACAACGCCCAGCUAAUGCUCAUCUGUGACCCUGGGUACUACUACACAGGCCAGCGGGUCAUCAGGUGCCAAGCCAACGGGAAGUGGAGCAUAGGCGAACCCAUGCCGACCUGUAAAAUUAUCUCAUGCGGAGACCUGCCAACUCCGCCUAAUGGGAACAAGAUCGGCACGCUGACCAGCUACGGGGCCACAGCCAUCUUCUCCUGCAACACUGGCUACACGCUGGUAGGGUCCCGUGUGCGGGAGUGCAUGGCCAACGGACUCUGGAGCGGAGCAGAAGUGAGAUGUCUGGCGGGGCACUGCGGUGUUCCCGGUCCCAUCGUCAACGGGCAGAUCAACGGGGAGAACUACAACUACCGCGGCAGCGUGGUCUAUCAGUGCAACCCCGGCUUCCGCCUAAUCGGGAUGUCAGUGCGGAUCUGCCAGCAGGAUCACCGCUGGUCUGGGAAGACGCCUGUCUGUGUGCCCAUCACUUGCGGCCACCCUGGCAACCCUGCCAAUGGCUUGACCCAAGGGAGUCAGUUCAAUCUGAACGACGUGGCCAAGUUCGUGUGCAACACUGGGUACCGCCUGGAAGGAGCAUCGCAGUCCCAGUGCUUGGCCAACGGACAGUGGAGCAGCACCCUGCCCGCCUGCCGCGUUGUAAACUGUACUGACCCUGGGCACCUGGAAAACAGCAUCCGUCAAGUGCAGCCAAGUGGUCCUCACAGAUUCAGCUUUGGAACAACUGUCUCGUAUCAGUGCAGCCAUGGAUAUUACUUACUGGGUACACAUGUCCUUACCUGUCAGGGGGAUGGCACUUGGGACCGUGCCCUCCCACAGUGUCUUUUGGUCUCUUGUGGCCACCCCGGCUCCCCGCCCCACGCUCAGAUCUCGGGUGACAAGUACACCGUUGGCUCCGUGGUCCGGUACAGCUGCCUCGGGAAGCAGACUCUGAUCGGCAACUCCACUCGCAUGUGCCAGCUCGACGGGCGCUGGAGCGGCUCCCUGCCGCACUGCUCAGGAGGCAGCCAGGGCGUGUGUGGUGACCCGGGGAUCCCCUCUCAUGGCAUCGGGCUGGGAGAUGACUUUGAUGUAGGCAGCGUGGUCCGGUUCAGCUGCGAGCCUGGUUACGUGCUCCGGGGUUCAUCCGAGAGGACCUGCCAAGCCAACGGCUCCUGGAGCGGCACGCAGCCAGAGUGUGAAG